GACCGGAACUCCGGGCGGGCGGCUUGUUGAUAAUAUGACGGCAGGAGCUGCCUGGUCUUCUCGAGGAGGCGGUGGGGCCCACACCCGGAAGAAGGGUCUCUUUUCAGGCUAGUGCGGCGGCCGCUGCGGACCCGGCCGGUUGCUGAAUGAGGGGAGCCGGGCCCUCCCCGCGACAGUCACCCCGCGCCCUCCGCCCCGACCCGGGCCCCGCCAUGUCCUUCUUCCGGCCGAAAGUGAAAGGCAAAGAACAAGAGAAAACCUCAGAUGUCAAGUCAAUUAAAGCUUCAAUAUCUGUACAUUCCCCACAAAAAAGCACUAAAAAUCAUGCCUUGCUGGAGGCAGCAGGACCAAGUCAUGUUGCAAUCAAUGCCAUUUCUGCCAAGAUGGACUCUUUUUCAAGUAGCAGGACAGCAACACUUAAGAAGCAGCCAAGCCACAUGGAGGCUGCUCAUUUUGGCGACCUGGGCAGAUCUUGUCUGGACUACCAGACUCAAGAGACCAAAUCAAGUCUUUCAAAGACUCUUGAACAAGUCCUGCAUGACACUGUUGUUCUCCCUUAUUUUAUUCAAUUCAUGGAACUUCGGCGAAUGUAGCAUUUGGUUAAAUUUUGGUUAGAAGCUGAAAGUUUUCACUCUACAACUUGGUCCCGAAUAAGAGCACACAGUCUCAACACCGAGAAGCAGAGUGCAUAGGCUGAGCCUGUCUCUCCAUCUAAGAAGCAUGAAACUGCAACAUCUUUUGUAACUGAGUCUCUUGACAAGAGAUUGGAGGAUUCAAGCUCAGCUCAACUGCUUAUGACUCAAUCUGAAGGAAUUGACCUGAACAAUAGAACUAGCAACAUUCAGAAUCACUUGCUGCCUUCCCGGGAAUGUGACAGUGCCCAUUCUCUCCAUCUUGAAAUGGCCAGAACAGGAACACAUCCAGUUUCCAUGGAAAUCCAAGAAUCCUCCUCUAGACUUCUAGUAGCCAGUAGAAAUAGUCCCUCUUCACCACUGAAGGAAUUAUCAGGAAAAUUAAUGAAAAGUAUAGAACAAGAUGCAGUGAAUACUUUUACCAAAUAUAUAUCUCCAGAUGCUGCUAAACCAAUACCAAUUACAGAAGCAAUGAGAAAUGACAUCAUAGCAAAGAUUUGUGGAGAAGAUGGACAAGUGGAUCCCAACUUCAUUUUGGCACAGUCCAUAGUCUUUAGUGCAAUGGAGCAAGAGCACUUUAGUGAGUUUCUGCGAAGUCACCAUUUCUGUAAAUACCAGAUUGAAGUGCUGACCAGUGGGACUGUUUACCUGGCUGACAUUCUCUUCUGUGAAUCAGCCCUCUUUUAUUUCUCUGAGUACAUGGAAAAAGAGGAUGCAGUGAAUAUCUUACAGUUCUGGUUGGCAGCAGAUAACUUCCAGUCGCAACUUGCUGCCAAAAAGGGCCAGUAUGAUGGACAGGAGGCACAGAAUGAUGCCAUGAUUUUAUAUGACAAGUAUUUCUCCCUCCAGGCCACACAUCCUCUUGGAUUUGAUGAUGUUGUGCGAUUAGAAAUUGAAUCCAAUAUCUGCAGGGAAGGUGGGGCACUCCCUAACUGUUUCACAACUCCAUUACGUCAGGCCUGGACAACCAUGGAGAAGGUCUUUUUGCCUGGCUUUUUGUCCAGCAAUCUUUAUUAUAAGUAUUUGAAUGAUCUCAUCCAUUCGGUCUGAGGAGAUGAAUUUCUGGGAGGAAAUGUUUCCCUGACUGCCCACGGCUCUGUGGGCCCUCCUGAGGACUCUCACCCCAGUGGUCCGGACAGCUCAGCUUCUCAGUCCAGUAUGAAAAAAGCCAGUGUUAAAAUUCUGAAAAAUUUUGAUGAAGCGAUAAUUGUGGAUGCUGCGAGUCUGGACCCAGAAUCUCUGUAUCAGCGGACAUACGCAGGGAAGAUGACAUUUGGAAGAGUAAGUGACUUGGGGCAAUUCAUCCGAGAAUCUGAGCCUGAACCUGAUGUAAAGAAAUCAAAAGAUUUUGGGGUAUUACUCCACACACUCCAGAAUGGCUUGAAGGAGAAAAAACAAAAACAAAAACAAAACAAAAUGAAACCAAGUGUUGGUGAGGUUGGGAAGCACCUGGAACUCUCUUCUGGCGGAAGUAUGAACUGCAAACUCUUCCUCUGUCACGCUGUUUUGACCGUGACAUCAACGUCAGGCACACAGACCUAUGGAGGCUCAGUGAUUCUUCUGUCUCUCUUCACGCCUGUGCUUUGGGCUUCGUUGGCCGGUCACUGAACGCGUUGAGAUUUCUGGUUUGUUCCAGAAGAUCACUGGGCAGGUUUGCACUUCGGGUGUUACUUUGAUAUGUUUAAUAAGCAUUUUCAAGAAUGCGGUUCACUGAUAUUUAAGCUGCCGAGCACCUGCACAGGAAAGCUUACAAAGGGGAAAAAGUUUAAAUAGCUCACAGAUUAAUGUAGCUAAGAAAUUCCUCUCGAUUCCACAAAGAUGGGGCAGGAGCGGAAUCUGAAGCUUUCUAAAAUCACACCUAUCCUAAUCCCAUCUUCAAAGGCAGAAACCGUGUUUUGGUCAGAGCACCAGCUCUCAACCUUGGGGGAACGAGGAUCCUCAGAGGGCUUGUUAAAAUGCAGACAGCUGCCUACACCCCAGCCUCCAAUCUGCCUCCCCUCCCCCGCCAUCCCCAAGUUUCAGAUUUCCAGGGUCUGGAGUGAGGCCCGGGAAUCUGCAUUUCUAACAAGUUCCUGGUUGGUGCUGCUGCUGCUGCUGACCUGGGGACCACACUCUGAGAACCAGUGGCUUAGCACAACACUGUUGGUGGAAAUGUAACACCAGCCAUGCAUGGCUAGGGGCCCUAUUAACAAAGUGAGAUGAAAGGUAAAAUUAAUGUUAAGAAUAUAUUUUCUUAGGGGCGUCUGG